AUGGAGGAGGGGUCAAGAACAACACUGUUCUUAAGCAGCAGUAGGAAGAACUUGGUGGUGCAGUUCCUACUGAAGCACCGCAUCAAUGGAGUGCUCACAAGAGGGGCAGUAAUGGAGGCAGCAGACGAGUACAGCAUAAGCAAGAAGACAGUUUAUAGGCUUUGGAACAAAGCAAAACAGCUGAUGCAAAGGGGGGAACCUGCAAUCAUGGAAGGCAAGGUUAAAGGCUAUCAUCAUUCAGAUAAGUUAACUAUAGAUGAAAGCAAAAGCACACUAGGUCAGUGGAUUAAGGAGGACAAAUUAAGGCCACAUACAAAUGCUAUCAAACUUGCCUUAACUGAUGCAAAUAAGUUAGCUAGGUUGAAGUGGUGCCUUAGCAAAAUUCAGCCAACUAUAAAUGCAGGUAGAGUUCAGUUUGAAAGCAUAGACAAUGUUGUGCAUAUUGAUGAAAAAUGGUUCUAUAUGACCAAGUCAUCAGACAGGUAUUACCUCUUGCCUGAUGAGGCUGAGCCAUAUAGGGCAUGCAAGUCAAAGAGGUUCAUCACCAAAGUGAUGUUCAUGUGUGCUGUAAGUAGGCCUGUGUUUGGCUUGGAUGGCCAAACCAAAUUUGAUGGAAAGUUAGGUAUUUUCCCUUUUACUGAAUUGGCUGCAGCAAAAAGAAAAUCCAAGAAUAGGCCUAAAGGCACACUUGAGACUAAACCAAUUCCUUCAGUCAAUAAGAGUGUGAUGAGGGACUGCAUUAUCAACAGGAUUGUACCAGCAAUUAAGGCCAAGUGGCCUGAGUGGGCAAGCAAAGAGAUCUACAUCCAGCAAGACAAUGUCACACCCCACAUAAAUGGUGUGGAUGUUGAAUUUGAGGCUGUUGCCAAAUCAGAUGGAUUUUAA